UUGAUAACAUUAUUGCGCAAAACCAAUCAUUUUAAAUAUACAUCCAAAAUAAAACUUCUUCAGAGUUAAUUAAACACUUGUUAGCACCUAACCAUUAGGUUUAACAUAGUCUUAUGACUUAUGGUUCGGGAUAAAAAAAAUAACGCUAAUUUAAUUCGACUCAAUAUUUAACAAUUUAAAAUAACACAAAUAUUUCCUUAACAAAAUACGCACUUCGACUUCACUAUAUCACGUCACUACUGUUACUUCACAACACUACAUGGUCGUCCCGAUAGUUCACUUCACUAGUUUUCGCCUCGGAUCUCGCUUGUAUUAGCUCUCGUAUUCAGUACAAUUGUUACUACACAUUUUUCUCCACUAGAUGGCGACUCUUGCAAAAGUUGAUUUUUGCAGGAAACAAAUGGACCAAAGACAGUCAUUUCCGUUCCUUUUAACUAACAUAUUAAAAAACUGCAAUUUGAAAAGUUCGAAACUUAGAUAAUAAUACAAAAACGAAAAAGUACACGUAGUAUAUGAGUUGUUUACUGAGUUUUCAAAUCUAAUUUACUUUUAAACAUGAAAGAAAACCGGAAGGGUUGUUAUGGAGAAAUCAAGAACGUACCGUAGUGACAUCUAGUUUGAUUCCGGGAACUAAUGUUUUUUUUUAAUACUUCCUCAUUUAAUUUUUAAGUGAAUUUUGAAACUUCUUAAUAUUAUAGUGUUAUUUUAUUUCAUUGUGGCUCGAGAAUUAUUUUAUUUUGACAAAACAUUCGAUAUCAAAGGUCAAUGUCAAUUUUAAAAUAUAUUCAUAACAUGAUUAAGUAUUUGCGCUCUACUCUUGAAUCUAUCUGAGAAUCGAUGAAACGAAAUCAGAUACAAAUGAUCUAAUCUUUAGAAACAUACGUUUUUAGCUUUCACUGAAAGAAUACUGGGACGGGUAGUCCACCACGUAUUUAUAGGGAUCGAUACCACAUCUAGAAUGUUCUAGGCUAAGACCCAGAACAUUGUAGGUUGGCCUCGGCCCUACCGGUGUAUUCGAGACAUUACCAAGAUUUUUCCUUUCUUCCGACGCCUAUAUGACUCGCGUAGUUUCUACUGUCAGCGCGAGUCAGCGGCGCAUAACAUCUUUUAGCAAAGAGCAGACGAAACAUCAUUCCGCUGCGCUCCGAAUCAAUAGUACUUAAGUCAUCAAAUAAAAUUACGCUACAGUUGUAUUUAUUAAUUACAGCUCCGUACUCACCACCAUAUCCACCGCCGCCACCGCCGCCACCACCGCCACCACCCCCCGCCAUUCCACCUCCACUACCGCCAGCACCACCAGUCCCGCCAGCACCACCGUCACCACCAGCACUACCAUCACCACCAGCGCCACCGCCACCAUUGCCUCCAGCACCAUCUGCCCCACUAGCGCCACCAGCUCCAAUUGCGCUAAUGCCGCCACCAUCUCCAGCACCAACAGCCCCACCAGUAAUACCAGCAGCAAAAGCUCCAUCAGCAUCAAAAACCCCACCAGCACUACUAAUUUCACCAACGCCACCACCAACCUCACCGUUAAAACCUGCUGAUCCUGUUAAUGAUCCCGAUGACCCUUCUGACCCUGAUGAUCCCGAUGAUCCUGAUGAUACACCCUCACCCGGGGUAUCGACACCAUCACCAGACAUUCCAAUUCCAUUGAAACCGACUCCAGUAACACCAAUCGAAACAAGUCCACCAGCUACAUCUGCGCAAGAAGAACCUCUUAAGUCUACUGAUGGAAGUCCGAAUAAGAAAACGACAGAGCCAGAGUCAGAGCCAAUAUCAUCAUCUUCAAAAUCAGAAACACCAUCACCACCACCGUCCAAACCCCAGGUACCACCGUCCAAACCUGAAGCAUUACCGUCUAAACCUAAGGCACCAAUAUCAACACCGAAACCACAGGAACAAAAGCCAACACCGAAACCAGAGGAACCAAAACCAACACUAAUCUCAGAUAUAUCACAGUCAACACCGAAACCAGAGGAGUCUAAUCAAACACAGAAACCAGAGAAUCCAAAACCAACACCAAUCUCAGAUAUAUCAAAGCCAACCCCAAAACCAGAGGAACCAAAGCCAACAUCGAAACCAGACGAACAACAGCCAACACAGAAACCAAAAGAUCCAAAACCAACACCAAAAGCAGAGGAUUCAAAACCCACACCGAUCCCGGAGAUUCCAAAGCCAACAUCAAAACCAGACGAAUUAAAGUCAACAUCAAUUCUAGAGAUUCCAAAACCAACACCCAAACCAGAAGAACCAAAGCCGGCACUGAAACCAGAGGAUCCAAAAGCAACACCAAAACCAGAGGAUCCCAAGCCAACACCUAAACCAGAGGAUUCAAAGCCAACACCAAAACCAGAGGUAUCAAAGCUGACAUCGAAACCAGAGGAACAAAAACCAACACCGAAACCUGAGGAACCAAAACCAACACCAAAACAAGAUGUACCAAAGCCAACACCAAAACCCGAGGAUCCAAAAGGAACACCAAAAUCAGAGAUACCAAAACCAACACCAAAACCAGUGGAACCAGGGCCAACACCGAAAUUAGAGGAACAAAAGCCUGCACAGAAACCAGAAUAUCCAAAACCAACACCAAAACUAGAGGUACCAAAGCCAACACCGAAACCAGAGCAACCAAAGCUAACACCGAAACCAGAGGAACAAAAGCCAACACCAAAACCAGAGGUAUCAAAGCCAACACCGAAAUCAGAGGAACAAAAGCCAACACCGAAACCAGUGGAUCCAAAACCAAUACCGAAACCAAAGGAGCCAAAGACAACAACAAUCCCUAAGAUACCUAAACCAACAUCUAAACCAGAGGAACAAAAGCCAGCACCGAAACCAGAAGAUCCAAAAUCACUAACACCUCCAGGCUUUAAAAAGCCACCAAUAGUUACACCUAUAGUUAAGCCAGCACCUUCACAAGCAAAACCAAAUACUCCAAUAGCAAAAGCUAUAGCAGUAGUAGAUGCCAAUAAGUCAGGUCCCAUAGCACGUGCUGUAGCCACAGCAUCACCAACAAAGUCAAAUAAUCCGGGCCCUUCAGUUGCAGCCGUAGCAGUAGCAGUACCAUUAUCAAAAAUAUCACCAGUACCUCCAAAAACUAAAAAACAACGUGUUGAGCCUCCAGUUAAACCACAAAUAAAGCCACCAGUAAAAUAUUUAGGCAAACCACUAAUUCCACCAGUAAAACUGACUACAUCUUCAGUAAAUACAGCAUCAGUAGCAACAGCUUUUUCAUCGGGUGUCUCGGCUAAGGCUGAAGCCGUAGCAUCAUCAAUAAUACCAUUAACUAUAAAAGCACCAGUCAAGCCUUCAGUUAAACCACCAGUAAAGCCACCAGUUCAACCACCAGUCAAGCUACCAGUUCAAGUUCCAGUCCAAUGUUUAGGUAAACCAUUAAAACCAUUAAAUCUACGACCAAAACCAGCCAAGCCUCCAGUUAAAUGUCCAGCAAAAUUAAGCACAUCUAAAGCAACUGCAUCUGCAGUUGCUUCUUCACUGGGUACUUUAGCUGCGUCUAAAGCUAUUUCGUUAUCAACAUCAACUAUAAAACUACCAAACAAACCAUCAUUUAUGUCUCCGGUUAAACCAUUAGUCAGACAUCCAGUUAGGCCAAAAACCCCGCCAGCAAAAACAAUAACAUCUACAGCAACUACAUCUGCAGUAGCAACAGCUUCUUCAUCAGGUACUUUGGCUGGAGCUGAAACCACUGCAUCAUCCUCAACACCAUUAACUAUAAAAUCACCAGUUAAAAAUUCGUUUAGGUGGUUUGUCAAACAACCAGGCAGACGUCCAUUUAAGGUACUACCUCAACCAGCAAAACCAAUCACAUCAUCAGCAACUGCAUCAGCAGUAACUACGGCUUCUUCAUCAGAUAUUUUACCAAUAACUACAAAACCAUCAAUUAAUCUACCAGUCAUGCCACUGACUUCACCAUUAGAAACACUGUUUAUACCAUCAUAUCCACUAGCAAAUCCAACUACAUCAACAGCAACUGCUGCUUCAUCAGGCUCCUCAAAAGGAACAGCCAAAGCCGAUGCAUCAUCAACGGUAUUUGCUACAAUUUCAUCAGUACCAGAAGCAUCAAAAACAAUAUUACCUCCGGCAGCUAUAAACCCAGUUUACAUAACACCUCCAGUACCAUCUCCAAUAGCUAAUCCACACCAACCUGGUGUAGAAUGGAACUGGAACCGCCCUAUAGCUCACGGAGUACCCAGAAUUAACCCUCUACCUUUACCACCACAUCCUAUUCCUUCGUUUUAUAUCGAUCCUUACCGACCAUAUAAUUAUUUAAACAGACCUUACAAUUCCUGGCCCAAGCCAGUAUUACCAAAAAUUGGUAAGAAGAAAUCUAGAAGACCAAAGAUCAGAAUUUUGAGAGGGGAUCCUUCAACGUUCAAACAAUUCCUAACUGCUGAUGGAAAGAUGGAUCACAAGAAAAUAGCUGCAACUUUGUUCCCACAAGAAUACGAACAAGCUUUUGUACCAAAUGAUCGUUAUUUAUAUCCAGAAGAUACUUUUGUAAACGAUGGCAGUGUCAUAAAAGACAAUGUAAACAGACAAGAUGUGACUUUAAAUCAUGAUCCAGUAUUAAAUCGACGCAUGAAUCCAUCACUUGGUUACAAUCCAGCAUAUCACCCUCGCAUUUAUAACAAUUAUCAGGCUAAUCCAUAUAUGUAUGCAUACUAA